AUGUACGCGCAGGGCGUGGCUUGGGACCCGCGCGGCCGGUACCUCUCUACGCAGAGCUCUGACCGCACUGUCCGCAUCUACAAGGCGGCGCGAUCGCAGCCCGCCGUGAAGAAAGAUACAGCGCAGGAGGAGUCCGGUGUCAGCGUGCCAGCGACGGCGCCUUCGCCGGCCAAGGUGGUCUACUCCAAACUGGUCACGGCCAACGUCAUCUCCUCGGCGCCUGGACUUGAGGCCAAGGCGGCUUCAGGCCCCGUGCAAACGCACAAGCAGAAGCUGUUCCUCGACGAGACAACCCCAUCAUUCUUUCGCCGCUUGGCUUGGAGCCUGGACGGCAGUCUGUUGGUGACACCUAUGGGGCAGUUCUACGCCACGUCUGGCCCUAGUAGCGCGAGCAGCAGCAGCAGCGCGCCAAUGCCGGACGAUAAGGAGAAUGUCGCUCCUGAGCACCUGCCAUCAAACUGCCUUUACGUCUUCACCAGAGGCGUAUUGAACAGGCCGGCCUUGUGCCUCCCGUGCGGACCCAAGCCAGCGGUGGCCGUGCGCUUCAGCCCGCAGCUCUACAAGCUGCGACCAACGGAAACGACGCCCACCUUCAAGCUCGAUUACAGAAUGGUGUUUGCCGUUGCCACGUUCGACAGCGUGCUCGUAUAUGACACUCAGCACGGCUAUCCGUUGUGCCACAUCACUGGACUACACUACGCCUCACAGACUGAUCUCUCUUGGGCGAGCGACGGACAGAUGCUCGCAGUGACAUCGACCGACGGCUACUGCACCUUCAUCUCCUUUGCCGCUGACGAACUGGGCGAGCCCAUUCCCUCUUGCGACCGAGCGCAGCUCCUCAACCCACCUGCUGUGCUCCCGUGA